AUGAGGAAUAAGACCGAGCUUGUUGGCUCUCAUACUGUAUCUAUUCAAAAAUUGGAGAUCCAAAUCAGAGAUCUCUCUAGGGAACCAAAUCCGAAGCAAAAAGGGACACUUCCAAGUGACACAAUAGCGAACCCAAAGGGUAGUGGGAGUGGCCCAACUUCUCAUGUCAUGGCAAUUACUACUCGGAGUGGGAAGGUACUACAAGGAGGGAGCGAACAAGUGGUUGAAGUAGAAGAGUCCGAACAUGAGGUUGAGGUUGAAGAGCCAAGUGUUGUUGAAGUUGAAAAGGUUCUGGAAGAGUUGAAAGUGCAAAAAGAAAACCGGGAAGAGGUAAAGGAAAAGAAAGAAGAACCGGGAGCUUUCACCAUUCUAUGUACUACUGGAACACAUGAUUUUGCAAGAGCCCUUUAUGAUAAUGGGGCUAGCAUUAACUUAAUGCCUCUCACCAUUUACAAGCAAGAAGGGUUAGGUAUGCCAAGGCCCACAAGUAUGAUAUUGCAAAUGGCCAAUCGUUCUAUAAAGAGACCGAUGGGAAUUGUCGAUGAUGUGCACUUAAAAGUGGGAAAGUUUCAUUUACCCGCCGAUUUCGUAAUCCUUGAUUGUGUAGUUGACAAAGAGAUCCUUACCAUUUUUGGGAGACCAUUCCUUGUAACAGGAAGAGCAUUAAUGGCUUCGGAAUGGAAUGAGAUCAAAUUCCGUGUGAAUGAUGAAGAGGUUACAUUCCAAGCAAGCAAGGGUAUGGAACUACCACAUGAUUAUGAAAGUAUCUCGGUGAUUGAUGUUGUUGAUGAAUUGGAAGAUGCGGUUUAA